GUUUUGUUUUUCCCUAUCCUGUCAAUUUAUUAUUCUUUGGAAGAUUCUUCAUUGCCAAGCCGCCAAAGUGGAGAGUGCGAUUGCAGAAGGGGGUGCUUCUCGUUUCAGUGCUUCUUCAGGCGGAGGAGGAGGUAGGGGUGCGCUUCAGCACUAUCCCAAGACUGCCGGCAACAGCACUAGACGAGAUGACGACUCCGCAAAUGACAAAGAACGACAUGAUGCAAUCUUCAGGAAAGUAAGAGGCAUACUAAAUAAGCUUACUCCUGAAAAGUUUGACAAGCUAUGCCUUGAGCUCCUCAAUGUGGGUGUAGAGUCUAAACUCAUCCUAAAGGGGAUCAUACUGCUGAUCGUAGACAAAGCCCUUGAAGAGCCAAAGUAUAGCUCGCUAUAUGCUCAACUAUGUCUGCGACUGGCAGAAGAUGCACCCAACUUUGAUGGCCCAUCCACAGAGAGUCAUUCAGGACAGAAGCAAAGCACAACAUUCAGACGCCUCUUAAUUUCUAAACUUCAAGAUGAAUUUGAAAACCGAACCAGAAAUGUUGAUAUCUAUGAUAAGCAAGAUGGCCCCCUCCUCCCAGAGGAGGAGGAACAAAGAGCUAUUGCUAAGAUCAAGAUGCUGGGAAACAUCAAAUUCAUUGGAGAACUUGGCAAGCUUGAUCUUAUUCAUGAAUCUAUCCUUCAUAAGUGCAUCAAAACACUUUUGGAAAAGAAGAAGAGAGUCCAACUCAAGGAUAUGGGGGAGGAUUUGGAGUGCCUCUGUCAGAUAAUGAGGACAGUAGGACCUAGACUAGACCAUGCAAAAGCCAAGUCCUUAAUGGAUCAGUACUUUGCCCGUAUGCGCUCCUUGAUGAUGUGUAAGGAAUUGCCGGCAAGGAUUCGUUUCCUGCUGCAGGAUACUGUGGAGUUGAGAGAACACAAUUGGAUUCCUCGCAAAGCUUUUCUUGACAAUGGACCAAAGACUAUCAAUCAAAUCCGUCAAGAUGCUGUGAAAGAUCUGGGAGUUUUUAUUCCUCCUCCUUUGUCUCAAGGAAUGAGAAGUGACUUCUUUCUGGAGGGAGCGUUUAUGCCACCCAGGAUGAAACUUGACAGGGAUCCACUUGGAGGGCUUGCUGAUAUGUUUGGACAAAUGCCUGGUAGUGGAAUUGGUACUGGUCCGGGAGUUAUUCAAGACAGAUUUUCACCUACCAUGGGGCGACACCGGUCAAAUCAACUUUUCAAUGGCCAUGGGGGACACCUCAUGGCUCCUGUUCAAUCCCACUUUGGAGAGCUAGGCAAAUCCUUCUUGAAAAAUCCAGGGCAAAGCCAACUAUACCAUAAUCAAAAUCAGGGACUUCUGUCUCAACAAGGACAGUCUAAGGAUAUGCCUCCACGGUUUUCUAAGAAGGGACAGCUUAAUGCAGAUGAGAUUAGUCUGAGACCUGCUCAGUGUUUUGUAGUAAACAAAAACCAAGUGCCAAAGCUUCAGCCCCAGAUAACUAUGAUUCCUCCCAGUGCACAGCCACAACGUACUCAGACACCACCUCUGGGACAGCCACCUCAACUUGGUCUCAAAACAAAUCCGCCACUUAUUCAGGAGAAGCCUGCAAAGACAACUAAAAAGCCACCACCUUCUAAGGAAGAGCUACUCAAGUUAACAGAAACUGUUGUGACUGAAUAUUUGAACAAUGGAAACGCCAAUGAUGCUGUUAACAGUGUGAGAGAAAUGAGGGCACCAAAACAUUUUAUUUCUGAGAUGCUGAGCAAAAUAAUACUUCAGUCACUAGAUCGAUCAGAUGAAGAUAAAGAAAAAGCAAGUGCAUUAAUCAGUUUACUUAAACAGGAAGGGAUAGCUACUAGUGACAACUUCAUGCAGGCAUUCCUAAAUGUAUUGGACCAGUGCCCUAAACUAGAGGUGGACAUCCCUCUGGUAAAAUCCUAUCUAGCACAGUUUGCAGCUCGUGCCAUAAUUUCAGAACUCGUGAGCAUCUCUGAACUAGCACAACCAUUGGAAAGUGGCACCCAUUUUCCCCUCUUCCUACUUUGCCUUCAGCAGAUAGCCAAGCUGCAGGAUCGAGAAUGGCUAACUGAUCUUUUCCAACAGAGCAAAGUGAACAUGCAAAAGAUGCUGCCAGAGAUUGACCAGAAUAAGGAUCGUAUGCUGGAGAUAUUGGAAGGGAAAGGACUUAGCUUCUUGUUUCCACUUCUGAAACUGGAAAAGGAGCUACUGAAGCAAAUUAAGUUGGACCCAUCCCCUCAAGUAAUCUAUAAAUGGAUUAAAGACAACAUUUCACCAAAACUACAUGUAGAUAAGGGAUUUGUUAAUAUUUUGAUGACCAGUUUCUUGCAGUAUAUUUCUAGUGAAGUAAAUCCACCUAAUGAUGAACCAGAUUCUUCAUCUGCUCCUUCUAAAGAACAGUUGGAGCAAGAAAAACAGCUGCUUCUUUCCUUUAAGCCAGUUAUGCAGAAAUUCCUUCAUGACCAUGUUGAUCUACAAGUGAGUGCCCUGUAUGCACUCCAAGUGCACUGCUACAACAACAAUUUUCCAAAAGGCAUGUUGCUGCGCUUCUUUGUGCAUUUCUAUGAUAUGGAAAUCAUUGAAGAAGAAGCUUUUCUGGCAUGGAAAGAAGAUAUUACUCAAGAGUUUCCAGGGAAAGGCAAAGCUUUGUUCCAGGUAAACCAGUGGUUGACCUGGCUGGAAACAGCAGAGGAAGAAGAAUCUGAAGAAGAUGCUGAUUAAACCAGCCAAAGCCUU